AAAUACCUUCACGUGUUUGUUAGUAAAAGGUUUAUUUGACAAGCAUAUGUUAAACGUAGUGGCCCUAGAAGGGUAUCCUUUGAUAACCUAAUAAAGAGAAUGAGAAUAGAGAAAUAUUUAUAUAGGUAUAUAACAAGAAGAAAAUAUUAUAAGCUUCUUAGGUAAAUGUACCAUUAUUAAAGUUUUUUAAUGAAUAAUAAGUAUGUAGGUAGAAAAAGAUGGUUCCUGCCUCGAAUAUACUUCUUCCUAGAUUCUUCACCAAAGAAUAAAAAGCAAAGAGUAUAUUAUAAAAAUGCUGGAUUUCCUAGAUUAAAAUAAUAAUCCAUGCUAUUCAUCAUAGAUUAUAUUCAUAUAGAAUUUAGGUUAUCUUCUUAACAUACACUAAAACAGUUUGUAAAUAAAAUAUUACGUGAUAUUGAUAAUUGAUAACAUACAUAAUCUAAUAUAUAAGAAGUGCACAUAUAAAAUUAACGAUAAAUUUUAUCACUAACCAGAAUUUAUUAUCGUAUCAAAAUUUAAUAAAAAAUAUCAUUGCAAAGAACCUAUUGAAGGUUAUGGUAGAAUUGGAGUGAAGUUUUAAUAUUUAUAUAUCAGAAUGAUUAAUUUUUGUAUCACGUAUAAAAACUUAAAUAUACUUACCUCAAAGUCAAAACUUUAACCAUUCAAUUAUACCGUGAAGUUUUUGUUAUACAUAUAAUAGUUUUAGGUAAUAAAUAGUUAUCCUCAUUAGUGCAUCUAUACAUUUAAGUGUUUAAAUUGAAAAGUGUGAUACAGUUUCGAUUUGGAGAUCUUAUUGCUAUACUUUACUUAUGGUAAAUACGGAGGCUAAACUCGUGAGUAUUUAUCAGAACAUCACUCAUUAUUUUAUCAUCAGAUAAUUUUCAUUGAUAUUACGAACAUCGUGUUCCCUAGUGGGAUGUAGGCUUUUAGAAUAUAAUAGAAUUUAUUUAUUUGUGAAAUAUAGGUAGAUAGAAUCAUAUGGGUUAUAAAUUGUAAUAAUAUUAUUUCACUACUCUUAAUAAUAAGGUCAUAACCAAAGACUUCUAUGUACCAAUCUUAGCAAAAGCAAGCAAGUAGCACUAUUGCAUUAUUUGAUGAGCCACACGCACGCACGCACGCAGACACAUAUGAAUAUACAUACAUUAUGAGCAAGUUUGAUCACUAAGAGUCAUAUUACUAUAUUAUGUAUUAUGUAAAUCCUUGUAAUACACCAUCGAUCAAUAACUUAUGUAAGUGGUAGUAUAUCAAAAGUAAUUCAUUAAACAGUCACCAAGUUAUCAUACAGUAAUUUAAGCGAUUUAAGUCCAUAAUAUUAAAGAGCAUUUAUGUUGUGUUUUUAGAACAAAUUAAUGACAAAACUAGGGUCUAUUUGGGGUUUACAACAUUAAUAUAAAACUAAUGAGCACGCGUUUAAAUGUUCUUGAAACUUCCAUAGUACUGAAUUUUGUCUUUUUUUUUUAUAUGUAUUCUUUUUCUAUAUAUCUCGACUAACCUUUAUAUCAAGAUUCACUUUUUUCGUACGCAUUUACAAAGUCUAUCCAUCUUUUCUUCUGUCUUCUUUUUCUUACACAAUCAGGAUCAUAACCGUUUUUAUAACAUACAAAUCAUCUCUUAUCAUCACAUCUCCAUAGCUAGACAAAUCGUAAGACAUAUAAUCAUUAAAUACUUCUUUCUUUUUAUUAUUACCUUAAUUUUUUUUUAAACGCAACAGUCAUGGGGCUUGAUGGAUACAAAAUAUUUCUCUAUUACAGGAUAUUGUUUUCAAUACGAUGGAAAUUAUCAAAAUUGCGACAGAACUAAUUAAAUUGGUGUAUAAAAUCAUUGAAGCCGUCAUUCGAGCAUUGGUGGAGAGUUUCAUCGAUAUUACUAUAUAUAUCCUUGGAGGCAUCGGUUCUAUUAUACUCACUGUAGUUAUAAUCAGAUAUGGCGUAUGUGAAGAAAACAGCUGUUUUAGCGACAAAGCUCUAUCGAAUCUCGCGAUGGUAGUCGGCUGUGCGGUUACACUCUUAGCAAUUUACACAGCUGUAAAAAGUUUCACCUAAAAAAGGAGAACAACUUUACUCAGUCAGCAACAAUAAACGUAGGCAGCUGUUUC